AUGGAAGAGGGAAAUCACACGGAGGUGACUGAGUUCAUUCUCUCAGGACUGACAGAACGUCCAGAGCUACAGGCCCUCCUGUUUGGGCUUUUCCUACUAAUUUAUGUUAUCACCCUCGUGGGGAAUGGGGGGAUGAUCUUGUUAAUCACAACUGACCCCCGACUGCACACCCCCAUGUACUUUUUCCUCAGUAAUUUGUCUUUCUGUGACCUCUGCCUUUCCUCGACAAUUUCCCCUCAGAUGUUGCUCAAUUUCUUAGCCGAGAGGAAAAACAUUUCUUUCACUGCCUGCGCUGUCCAAAUGUCUCUCUCUAUCGCUUUUGGAGAUUCUCAGGGCUUCUUUCUUGCUGUGAUGGCAUUUGACCGUUAUGUGGCCAUCUCUAAUCCACUGCUCUAUACAGUCACCAUGUCCAGGCAGCUUUGUAAACAACUGGUGGCCGGGGUGUAUGCUCUGGGGCUUUUGGAUUCAAUGAUAUUCACGUGUUUUAUAUUUCGGCUGUCAUUCUGCAGCUCCAACAUCAUCAAUCAUUUCUUCUGUGACAUCCCCCCACUGUUGGCGCUCUCCUGUUCUCACACCCGCAUCAGUGAGAAAGUGAUGUUUUCUUUCGCGUGCUGCAUUAUAAUGGGCAGCUUUAUUCCUGUCCUCCUCUCCUAUGUCUAUAUCAUCUCCACCAUCCUACAGAUCCGCUCAGUCGACGGCCGGCGCAAAGCCUUCUCCACCUGCACUUUCCACUUGACCGCUGUGGUUCUGCUUUUUGGCACCCUCCUCUUGAUGUAUUCACAUCCCCCCUCCAGCUAUUCCAUGGACAGAGACAAAGUGGCCUCCUUGUUUUACACAGUGGUGAUCCCCAUGUUGAACCCCCUCAUCUACAGCCUGAGGAACACGGAGGUGAAGGACGCCCUGAGGAGAGCAAUGAAUAAACUCUUCACCAAUUCUUGAAUCUGUUUAACUCUGUACUGGUUUAGUGAUGGGGAGUGGAAUCAGGUGAAUUCAAUUCCCAGCCCAUUGCAAUGUAAUUUCGCAGAGCUCUUGGUAGUAUU